AUGCUAGACACUCCAGUCAGGAAACUCAACUCCGACAUCCAUCCUCACCAAUCACACCUCCAAUCACCCGAUGCACUGGCUAGACGAUAUAAACUAUUAGAGAAACUAGGCCAGGGUAACUUUGGCGUGGUCUUCAAAGCCCUAGAUCGAGUCACCGGUGAAAUCGUGGCCGUCAAAGAGGUUGAUCUCGAGAAUAGUGACGAGGACAUUUCAGAAAUCCAGAAGGAAAUCAGCCAUUUGGCCGAUUGUGAUUCUGAACACAUCGUCAAGUAUUAUGGAAGCUUCGUACGCGGUUACAAGUUAUGGAUAGUGAUGGAAUAUCUCGCAGGAGGAUCGUGUCUAGACUUACUAAAACCCGGGCCAUUUCCAGAGACCGGGAUCCAGACGGUCAUGCAUGAGUUAUUACUCGGGCUAGAGUAUCUUCACGCACAGAAGAAAAUCCAUCGGGACAUAAAGUCUGCAAACAUCCUCGUCUCCUCCAAGGGCAAGAUCAAACUCGCCGACUUUGGCGUGGCUACCCAACUCAGUAAUCAUAAAUCGAGACGACAUACGUUUGUGGGUACCCCUUUUUGGAUGGCACCUGAAGUCAUCAAACAAUCUAGCUAUGAUGAGAAAGCUGAUAUAUGGAGCUUAGGUAUCACCGCAAUCGAACUAGCAAAAGGGCAACCUCCACUCUCAGAAUAUCAUCCCUUACGGGUACUCUUCCUGAUACCCAAAGCAAAGCCACCAACUUUGGAAGAAACUUUGGAGCCCGAAAGACUAGCACAAUACUCAGAAGACUUCCAAGAUUUUAUCAAUGCGUGUUUAUUGAAGGAUGUCGAAUUAAGGCCGACAGCGAGUCAGCUGCUAGGCCAUCAGUUUAUCCGCAAGCAAGUUCCGGCUCCCAAUCUCAAAAAAGGAUUUACAGGAUUCAUCACCCAUGGACACAAGUUUCUGAGCGCAAGCUCUCUAGAUCUUAGUCCUGGUCUUAGCAAAGCUUCGGCUAGCAUCGUCGAACUUAUCGAUCGACAUAGCGUCUGGAAAUCGAAGAAGAAGAAUCUACAAAAGAGUCACAAUAGCUCGACUGACCCAGCUGGCACGGUCAAGAGUUCAACGGGUCAUCUGAGCCACUCGAAUGCAGAUUACAGGACGGCCAAGAGCUCUCAUUUCAAUAACCGGAAUGACACCGUCGUUUCAGCCUGGGAUUAUCAGGAGACGAUGAAGCAUGCCGAAGAGGUCUACGAGAACAUCAUCAACGAUGCCGAUCAGGAUUUAGUCGAGAACCAGAUCAAACAACUCGAAGAAACCCAAGAAGGCUUCCUUCGGCCCGAACUUAUCUAUGGACGAGAGACCUUGGGGGACGAGGAUGGGGAUGAGGAAGAAGAGCUCGAGGAGGCCCAGAAGGCGAUGGAAGCAUCUCCAUUGAGGAUGACCCAUGGUGUCCCCGCUGGAUGUGAGGAUGACCCCGAUCACUUCUUCACCCAAAGCGCCUCUACUUCACCUACCGACCACUACCAAGCCCCUCGGAUGAACACCUUCACCCGCUCGAUCCCCACCUCUCCCACACUUGAGAUCCACAACUUACCAAGCUCUCAACGCCCACUCUUGAAUCCUGGCCCGACCACCUCAACCUUGCAUUCCAAUCGCCUCCAACCCGGAUCAUCAUUCGAAGCGACUAGUACUACCCUUCGCCCCUCUCGCCAAACGACGCUGACCGAAAGACUAGCACAAUUGUCAGUCAAACAGGACUCGAAUGCCCACCAUACUCCAGGCGGGGACUCGAACCAGACCGUCAGCUCGAAGUCCGGCUCUCGCUUCCUGACCACCGGGUCCACCGGCAGCCGCAAGCCCAGUGACCCGUUCAAUGAGCCCCAGACAACCAGUAAAUCUCCCGCUCCUGGCUCCAAGCUCGGCCAGUUGGUCUUGGAAGACGUGAUAUUGCCUCUGCUCGAUCAAAUCGCCAAUGGGUUCAGCGAUUUAAAAUGA